AUGUCAGUGCAGCUCGGAAACGAUUUCCGUUACUUGGCAUCACAAAUGCUGCAAUGCGAGCCCGAUGUAGCCUGGCCGGCGCGCGAAGAGGCAGCCGCGGGUUACGUCGCUGCCGCUAGCAUAGCAUACAAAACAUACCAAGUCCAGGAACAGCUCAAGCUUCAAUCCAUCUUUGCGGAAACCAAUCACUUUGCGGAUCUCAGUGAGGACCAGGAGUAUCAACGGGCCGAGUCGGCUGUUGCGGAGCUCUUGCACCUAUGUACUGAUGGGCAGCCACUCGUUGAUGAUCAUCUCUACCAUGAACUGGUUGGCGCUCUUGUGGAAACGGUUUCAGUCCUGGCCGUCGACUCUGUCCUCGCCAUGGAAGACAUUACCGAGGUCGAAUCUCAGCGAAUUGAGUCGCUCAUGAAGGGUCUGGAAUCCAUGCAGAGGUUGUUCCGCAAUGAUAACCUGCAGCUGUCCAGUGUGGCCACAUUUGCGCCUCACUGGCUAAAGAUGUGUUACACGACCGAACUGCUUGUGAGUGAUAGGCACAUAUGA